UUCCUAGAAGCAUUUGACGAAAGUCCCCAAUUGUCCUUGUCUAAUUAAAGAUUUCCAUAAUUCCUUUUACCUGCUGCUUCUUUCUUUCCACCAACUCACUCCCAUCUGCAAACCCUUUUUCUGGUUUCUACACUGCACAGGAAGAAAUUAGAAUGGCGGACUGGGGCCCCGUCCUUAUCGGAGUUAUACUCUUCAUACUACUUCAACCAGGUCUGCUGUUUCAGCUACCAGGAAACAACCGGCAGCUGGAGUUUGGAAGCAUGAAGACCAACGGAAAGGCCAUUGCGGUGCACACUCUUAUCUUCUUUGCUCUCUAUGCUAUACUCAUCCUAGCCGUCCACGUUCACAUCUACACCGGCUGAUCCGCUUCACUUUUUGCUUUAAUCAAUAUCUCUUAGGUUUCCUUUUCGAUCUUGUGUUCUUGUUGGUUUUUCGUCAGAUCCAUGUCAAUUACUUAUUUCUUAAUUAUAAUGCAACUUAUUGCAUUUUAGUCCCUUCUAUCUCAAAAUCUUAGAACAAAAAAAAAAAAAAAAAAAAAGAGGCCUAUAAUAAUUAACCGGUGUAGCCGACCGGGUUGAUGUAGUUGUUUGCAAUAUUUGUUCAAAGACGAAUUGUUUCUAAAUAUUAGAGUAAAUAAAUUAAUCAUGUUACAGCUUCA